GCCUGCAGAGGAACGCCUUCACCGGCAGUGCAGCGACACUUUAAAAGUGUUUGUCAAACUUUCCUGUCGUGAUUUCAAUAUGGGGAAGCUGGGAUUCGUCUCGAUUUUGGUGGCCGUGUUGGCGGUGCUGUUUGGAGAGAGAAUUUACAGCUUGAGGAAAAGAGCUCUGGCUACAAGAGAACUGGUGAAGAAUCACCUCCCCAACUGUGUGCUGCUCGAAAAUCUGGAACAUGGCUCUGAAGAUAUCACGAUCCUUGGAGACAGGCUCGCCUUUAUCAGCACUGGUCUGAAGUUUCCUGGAAUCCCAUCCUCAGAUGAACCUGGAAAGAUCUUUGUCCUUGAUCUAAAAGAUUCCCGGAUGAAACCAAAGGAGCUGCGUAUGCCGAGAAACUUCGACCUAGAAACGUUCAACCCUCAUGGUAUCAGCCUUUACACCGAUCCAAAUGAUGAUGCCGUCUACCUCUUUGUUGUCAACCAUCCUCAUCAUAAAAGCCAAAUUGAGGUGUUCAAAUUUGUCGAGGAAGAACUCUCCCUUGUGCAUCUGAAAACCAUAAAACACGAACUUCUCUACAGUGUAAACGAUAUUGUCGCAGUGGGAGUUGACAGCUUCUACGCCACCAAUGAUCACUACUUUGAGAACCAAUUCCUUAAAAGUUAUGUUGAGAUGUUAUUGUGUCAGCCGUGGGGUAAUGUUGUGUACUACAGUCCCACGGAAGUCAAAGAGGUCUCUCGGGGUUACUACAUGGCAAAUGGAAUCAACAUCUCACCGGACAAACGGCACAUAUAUGUGGCAGAUCUGCUUGACCAUAACGUGCACGUGUUGGAACGGAAAGAAGAUAAUGCACUGACUCGUGUGAAGACUGUGGCUGUGGGUUCACUCGUUGACAACAUUGAAGUUGAUCCUGAAACUGGUGACCUUUGGGUGGGCUGCCACCCGAACGGAUGGAAGGCCCUCCUGCUCGACCCCAAUGACCCCGCUGGAUCAGAGGUCAUCCGCAUCCAGAACAUCCUCUCUGAUAAGCCGCAGGUGACUCAGGUGUAUGAAGACGAUGGCCACGUGCUCAUUGGUUCCUCUGUAGCAACCACCUAUGGUGGAAAGUUGCUCAUUGGCACUGUGUUCCAUAAAGCCUUGGUCUGUGAUCUGAAGUAGGUGAUGACUCUUUAGGUGAUGUGAGCAGUAAGCAGAGGGAAAGAAAACACUCAAAUUCAAUGAAGUUCAAUGAAAAAACAAGGAAAUCCAGCUUUAACUUUUUAUUCUAUAAGAUUAAACACUGAUGAUUUGAAUGAUACACAGCAAUUGUAUGUGAAGAAUGCAGUUCACCCUGAUGUGCUAGACUGGAUCUGAUAACAGAAACUAAAUAUGGGCAUGGCUAAAGAGACGCUGAAGGUAAAGAAAACAUCUGUCAGAGCUUUGGAGACUAAAACGUAUUUGAAAUUGAGGUGAUUUCACACACUGAAAUGAUUGAACUGUCCAGAUUUUUGAUUCAUUGUGAAAUAUUUUAAUUCAGACAUCGAGAAAAAUCCAUAGAGUUGCUUUGCUGUGUAUCACAAAAAGAUAUUUUUCAGUGGUGAGCUAAAAAUGUGAAAUAUUGUCACAGGCAGUGUCUGUAACUGGGUACUUUCUAUGUUUUUAAGCUAAAAUGGUGAAUAAUUUGACUAAAUAAAACAAAACGAAAAAGGAAAAGA